CGCAGUUUGCACGGAUUUCCAAGUUGCAUAAUGCAGCUGCUGUUUUGCUUUAAUGCUUCGCUUGCUUAUGAAGCUUUUCCCGCCAAGGCGGUCCUUGAAAAAAAGUGGCAAUUUCAUGAUAUCUUUUUCCACCUUUGCUGGGUUGGCCUUAGCGAUUAAAACUGCACCACUUGCACCACUUGCCAGUGGUCUUUCUGAACUAUCGUCACAGUCAACAUAUAUAUAGCCAUGUUUGCUAAUGCAAGAGAUUUAAGUGUUUCUUCUUCUGGAUCCACUCCCAAACUCGCCUCUUGCAACUUUGUCGCUUCGGCACGGUCUUCCGAAGCAUUGGCACAGUCGGGUCAUUUGGCCGUUUCAGCUCCAUCGCAGAUCAUUGGCCAAUUUCAAACCUUGAAAACCCUUCGUCACCCUCACUUGUGCGAAUAUGUGGAUAUCCACCGAGGCAAAUACGAUAGGUUGUUUACAGUGUCAGAGUACCAUGACUGCUCCUUACAAAAGACGCGUAACGUCAACGCGGAAAAUCCGUCCAGGACAAGCAUACAGAAGCUAAGUCAAUGGGCCUUUGAAAUUUGCUCAGCACUUCAAUAUCUACAAACACACCGGAUAGUCCACGGCUGUCUGUCACCAUCUAAUAUUCUACUGGAUUCUCAGGGCCGAGUAAAAUUGUUUGGUUACGGUCUUUUUUAUAUGACAGGAGGUGGUGAAAAUGUGGAUUUCCCAAUUGGCUAUCCACCGUAUCUUGCAUGUGAAUGUCUGGAUCACACCGCUCCAGCUAACGUCGCCCAAGACAAGAGAGAUGUAUGGGCGCUGGGAAUCAUUCUGUUGGAACAAUACAUGCGUCAUUCUUUUUGGACUACUUCAGACGUUGGAUUAAUCUUUGAUUCGUUGAUGACCUGUGCCGAAUGGAGUGCCGACGCAGGAAAUGAUGCAGCAGAUACCUUGUGGCAUCACGAGGGCAUUGAAACGCUCGAUAUCAACAAGAGUGUACUUACCUUUUUGCAAGGCGAUUUCUCCGAAGAGGAAGCAAGCGACGAUCUUAAAGCAUUUCACCAUUUCAUUUUAAAAUGUCUGCAAGUUUCCGUGUCCAAACGUGCUUCGAUCGUGGAACUUUUAUCUACCGACUUCCUAUUGAAUUGCCAACGGCAUAUGCAAGAAAGUCCCUGGAACAAGGGCCCAAUAUUGGUAUCCGAUGCAUUGGAUCCCGAUCCAGAGGAAACGCAAGAGACCGAUGAAGCAAAUCCAGCAAAAGAUGCAUUGCAAGGAUUACCCAUUUCUUACAUAUACCAUCUGUGGAAACUCGCGGGCGGGGAUGUGGAACUCGACCUUCUCAAGCGGGGCGUUUUCUUGUCAACUCCGGUGAUCGAGCGUCUUCCGCGUGUAUGCCUGGUCAAUGAUCAUCUCGAGAUUGGCAACAACACGACGGAUAUUGCUCAACUAUACUCGGACACCAUCAAUGUGUUGGGAUUCAAGGAGCUGUACCAACGGCUCGAGGAAGGUCGUAACGUUGGUCAUGCUGAUCGUUUCGAAUGUGAUGCGGAUUUCUUUAUGGUGGUGGAUGAAAGCGAGGUCAACUUUUUGUUGGAUACCGAAAGUGAUUUGACUUCCGAUGCCAAUGACAGUGCCGAGCUCGAUGCGGAUUUCAUUUUCACAGAAGAUCUAAUGACGCUUCCACCGUCCAUGACUGUUGCCGCGGAACCAACCACUAUGGCAACUCCUACAACACCGAUGAAACGGUCUUCUUCUCACACGGCGAUGAGUCGAACAGGAUCGUCUUCUUCUCUCUCGGUUCACAGUCCUGCCCCCUCUACGCCUGUCCAGUCAUCCUUCCCUAAACUGCCUCUUCUCUUACGCGAACAAGAUGUGAAUUAUCAAUAUCAUCGGUUGGCGCUCUUCUCCGACUUGCUACGACAAUACCCGGCCUCCCGAAAAGAGAUUUUGCACCAUGCCAAAGUGGACAUUCCACCUUUAUUACGUGGUAAAAUCUGGGCGGCCGUUCUCGGUGUCCGAGGUGACACCGAACAUGCAUUUCAUCAAAUCAGCAAACAAAUAGACCCUAUCGCCGAUCGACAGAUUGAAGUGGAUGUACCGCGAUGUCAUCAGUACAAUCAGCUUUUAGCUUCCUCUACCGGCCAUGAAAAACUGCGCCGACUUUUACGAGCCUGGGUUUCAGCCAAUCAACAGCUGGUCUAUUGGCAAGGUCUGGAUUCUUUGUGUGCUCCAUUUUUAACUCUAAAUUUCAACGAUGAAGCAUUAGCUUUUGCCUGUUUGCAAAAGUUUAUCCCCAAAUUCCUGAACAAUUUCUUCAUACCGAACAAUUACGCCAUCCUUCAAGAAUACCUCGCCGUAUUUCGUCAUUUGUUAAGCUAUCAUGAUCCCGAACUGUCAAGUCACUUGGAUAGCAUUGCCUUUAUGCCCGAUUUAUACGCUAUUCCUUGGUUUCUUACUCUUUUUACGCAUGUUUUCCCAUUGGACAAAAUAUAUCACUUGUGGGACAAGUUAUUGGUGGGUCCUUCUUCCUUGCCAUUAUUUGCGGGGAUCGCUAUCCUGCGGCAAAUACGAGAUGUUCUGUUGUCGAGCGAAUUCAACGAUUGCAUUGUCCUGUUCUCCGAGAGCUUUCCAAAAGUGGAUAUUGAAAAAUGCGUCCAAAGUGCCAUGAGUAUGUGCAAAGUCACUCCACCGAGUCUGGUGGCGCGUGGCCACCCAUCAGCCGCGUCUGCCGUCGAUGCCUCAUCUCAGCCUUCAAAUGAAGUGGUACGAGAUGCUCGAGCCAAGAUGCUGGAAUUGUCUCCUCGAAUAUCGGUAAAGGAUAUCGAUAGAAUUCUCUCUUCUUCUUUACUGUUGGACAUACGAUCUGAACAAGCAUUUUCCCAGGAGCAUAUUCCAUCCUCUAUGAAUGUGCAAUCUGAACAAUUAAAGAGUUACGCUACUAUUUUACGAAAAUUAAAUCGUAAGCAUCAUCUUGUGGUAUGCGAUGAUGACGAACAAGGCUUGCAGUUUGCAUCUCAAUUGGUAUAUCGUCACUUCCCGCAAGUGGCUGUGAUACAAGGGGGAAUUGGAGCCGUCCGACAAGAAAACGCAGACAACUUUUUAUGCCAUUGCCGACCACAGAAGCAAACUACAGCCGGGUUCCGAGGCAAAGGCUCCGAACCACCGUUUGUCAUUUGGAGAUGCAAAGUACCGCCACCAUUGACAAGGAAAUAAGGCGUUGUUUAUUUUUGAGCAGAGCCAAAAAAGAAAAAAAGUGGAUAGGUUUUUUCGAAUGUUGAACCUUUUUAUAACGCAGUGCCUCUCUCAAGGUUCUCGCGAAUCUCCUUUGUAUAUUUAUCAUAGAAUCGAGCAAUCUUC